AAACAAACAGCAGUAUUUAUACGACGAGUACAUUUCUCUAAUUAGUUUUUAGAUGUAUUCUCAACAAAACUAUGAGUUCCGCAACGUUUUGUCGAACUUGCUUGUCGCGGACCAGUUCCAAAUAUCGCUCCCUUUUCAAGGAGUCCUUCAUAUGUAGUGAAAAACGAAAUUUUGCCAAUUUGCUAACCGAGUUUAUUCCAUCGCUUGAGAUCUCUAAAGAGGACAGUUUACCACAAAUGAUUUGCGGAAAAUGUGCGUUGGAUUUGAAACAUUGUUUCCGCUUCCGCAGGAAAUGUUUGCAGGCGGAUUCUGUGUUGAGAUCUUCACAGGAAACGAAUUUUAUUGUUGGAAUUUCUAUAGCAAAUCUAGAAGAGGAAAUGAGCUCUGGUAGCGAAUCUGAACUCAAUGAAAUUGCAUCGUCGAAGGAAGUUGAUCCUUCUAGAACGAACACUGACGAGAAAAUUGGAAGUUCAACGGAGGCUAUUCCAGAAUGUCCGGACAAGGAGAUUAAACCCAACAAACCCAAAUCCCUCGAAUGUCCCUUCUGUCAAAAGGUGCUCAGUUCCGCCAAGUCCUAUCGAACCCACCAGGCAUUGCACUCCGACGAGGCCAACUUCCUGUGCAAUCGAUGUGGCGAACGGUUCAAGACGAAAAUGGCCUACACGGGCCACAUGGCCACGCACAAUCCGAGCAAGUUCAGGUGCGAAAUUUGCGAAAAAUCCUACCGGCAAGCAGCGUCCCUGCGAAGUCACAUGCUCAUGCACUCCGAGGAACGUCCGUUCAAGUGUUCGGUCUGCAAUCACGCAACGACCCAGAAAAGUAGCCUAGCGAGACACAUGCUGACCCAUUCCGAGCAGAAAUCCUACGUUUGCGAUCUGUGUGGAGAGCACUUCCGGUUCAAGGGAAAUUUGGCCGUCCACAAACAACGUCACACCAAGCAGAAAGAUUUCCACUGCCAGAAAUGCCCGAAAAGUUUCGUCACGAAGGACGAACUGGCGAACCACGCCAUAACCCACACCGAGGAGCGACCGUUCGGUUGUGAUUUGUGCAGCAAAAGUUUCAACCGGAAGAGUGCGCUGCAGUUCCACCGGAAGCACACGCACUCGGUUCAGCCAAAGAAUGCGUGCCACGUUUGUUCAAUAAUUAGCUAUCCCUUAAUGCCUCAAAGUCAAAGUCUUAAAAAAUGUUUAGAUAUUAAUUUGAAAAACAUUUGAAAAACCUAUCAAAGUCACCCCAGUUUACGCUAA